ACGUUUUCCCUCGCGUUUUGCACGAAAGAUAAAUCAAUCCAUUAGCAAAGCUACCCAAGUUUUAAACUUUUACGCUUUGCAACCCGGGAAAACCGGCACCAUCGUCCAUAGAAAUCAUCCGAAUAGCUGCCGCAAGAUGGAUAUCAAGUCUUUCUUCAUGAUCUGGAGCCAGAAGAACGCUGCCGAGCCUUCGUUUGAGGUACGGCCGACAGGACCCAAGCACCGUCAACGGUUCCUUUGUGAGUUGCGUGUCACGGGCCAAACCUACGUUGGCGUGGGCAACUCAACCACCAAGAAGGACUCGGAAAAGAAUGCGUCCCGAGAUUUCGUAAACUAUCUGGUGCGUAGUGGAAAAAUACCCGCGGACACGGUUCCAAAGGAUGCUACCGCGGAAUCUGGCACCGCGGAUGCUACGGAUGGCGGAUCCAACGAUAACCAGGCCGGUGCUAGCGCUGCUCAGAAGAUGCCCGGACGGAAGAACGUUUUCAUGCAGGGCUUCGUGCCGCAGGACCUUGGCCAGGCGUACCGACCGUACGUUCCGUCGCUGCAAGAUAUGAGGCGCGAAAAGGAUAACAUGGAACAGAUGGAAGCGGCGGAGUCGCUGGACGUGAACGCUUCGAUCCACGGCAAUUGGACGAUCGAGAACGCCAAGUCCAAGCUGAAUCAGUGGAUGCAGGCUAACAAACUCAAAUCGGAGUUCAAGUUCAUUUCCAUCGGACCGGAUCAUGCCAAGAGUUUUAUUGCGGAGUUGACGGUUUACGUAAAGGAGCUGAACCGCAACAUCACGGGCCGGGAGUCCGGCUCCAACAAGCAGUCGGCCAGCAAGUCCUGCUCGCUUUCGGUCAUUCGCCAACUGUACCAUCUCGGUGUAAUUGAGGCGUUCAACGGUUCCAUCAAGAGCGUCAAGUCGUCGGAGCAAAUGGCCGCGUUUCGGGUGGGCAUUGAGAAUCAAUUGGCCCAACGCAUUCACGAGAGUUUACGCGAGCUCGGGAUCGAGCCCGUCAAGCUGACCAACGCCGAAGUAAGCGAAGACCGCCCCCUGAUGCUUUUGCACCCUUCGGACGAUGUUCAUCGUAAGCCGAAAACGCUGAACCUGCAGCAGCCGUCUUCGGUCAUUCCGUGGUCGCCACCCCAAUCGAACUGGAACGCCUGGUCGGCGUGUAACAUCGACGAAGGGUACCUUUCGACGGCGACCCUCGACCAGCUUAGUGAUGACCUGCUGCGUGACAGUCGCACCCGGCUCCAGGAGGAUAAGGCGCUCCAACAGAGCAUCGUGAAGCGCGGUAAACUGCCGAUCGCAGCGAUGCGGAAUCGUAUCAUGACGGCGAUCAACGAGUUUUCGGUCGUCUUGAUCCGGGGCAACACGGGCUGCGGCAAGACGACCCAGAUCGGUCAGUACAUCCUGGAGGAUUACGUUAACUCCGGCCAGGGGGCGUACUGUAACGUGUGCGUCACACAGCCUCGGCGCAUCAGUGCCGUCAGUGUUUCGGAGCGCAUCGCCAACGAACGGUGCGAGUCGCUUGGCGUGAGCGUUGGGUACGCGGUGCGUUUCGAUACCGUUUUACCGCGUCCGUAUGGCUCGAUACUGUUUUGCACCAUCGGUGUGCUGCUGCGCAAGCUGGAGUCCGGUUUGCGCGGUGUGUCGCACGUCAUUGUCGACGAAAUUCACGAACGGGACGUGAACAGCGACUUCCUGUUGGUGGUGCUGCGCGACAUGGUGCACACGUAUCCGGACCUGCGCGUGAUUCUGAUGUCAGCUACGAUCGAUACGACUCUAUUCUCGCGCUACUUUGGCGACUGUCCGGUGUUGGAGGUCGAGGGGCGCACGUUUCCGGUGAAGCAGUUCUUCCUGGAGGAUUGCAUUGAGCUGCUAAACUUCAUGCCACCGCCCCAGCAAGGGAACGCUGCCCCGAAGCGGAAGCGCUCGAAAGAUGACACCGAUGAUCUGUUGCCCGAGGUGGUGGAAAGCGCCAACCUGAACCAGCAGAUCGACGAGAAGCGGUACAAAGCCAGCACGAAGAUGGCCAUGGGGAUGAUGAAUGAAGAGGAAACAUCGUUCGAGCUGAUCGAUGCACUGGUCGAGUAUAUUGAUCGGACCGGGCCGGACGGUGCCAUUCUGAUAUUUCUACCCGGCUGGAACUUGAUCUUUUCGCUCAUGAAGCAUCUGCAGUCGCGAGGCGGGAAUCUCGUGGUUUUGCCACUGCACUCGCAGCUACCGCGCGAAGAUCAGCGCAAAGUGUUCGAUCAUUACGGACAGCGGCGCAAGGUGAUCCUGGCGACGAAUAUUGCCGAAACUUCGAUCACGAUCGACGAUAUUGUGUACGUGAUUGACGCGUGCAAGGCGCGCAUGAAGCUCUUCACCUCGCACAACAACAUGACCAACUAUGCCACGGUUUGGGCCGCGAAAACUAAUUUGGAGCAGAGAAAAGGACGCGCGGGACGUGUCAGCCCGGGCAUGUGCUUUACGCUCUGCUCGCAGGCACGAUUCCGGCGUUUGGAGGAAAACCUGACGCCGGAAAUGUUCCGCACACCACUGCACGAGCUGGCCCUCAGCAUCAAGUUGCUUCGGCUCGGUGGCAUUGGCCAGUUCCUCUCGAAGGCAAUCGAACCGCCGCCGCUGGAUGCGGUUAUCGAAGCGGAAGUGCUGCUGAAGGAAAUGAAGUGUUUGGACGAACAGGAGAAGCUUACGCCGUUCGGCAGGAUUCUGGCCCGUCUGCCAAUUGAACCGCGCCUCGGCAAGAUGAUGGUGCUCAGCACACUGUUCGGUCUGUGCGACCCGGUCACCACGAUGGCCGCUUACUCGAGCACAUACUCGGAGAUAUUUCAGCUCGACGUCGGUCAGCGUCGGUUGAUGCAGCACCAGCGUGCCCUUGCCGGGCGGAUGUACUCGGACUACGUUGCGAUGCUGAUGGCCUUUGGGAUGUGGAGCCAAAAGCGCGCCAUAGGGGAAGAGGCCGAGAUUCGGUUGUGCGACUGGAAGGGUCUGCAGCUGCCGACGUUGCGUACGAUAGCCGAGGCGAAGCGUCAGCUGCUCGAUAAUCUCAACCAGUCCGGGUUUCCGGCGUGCUCGAUGGAGUACCAGCAGUUUGAUGCGCAAGAUCCUGAUCCGGCCCUAGAGAUGGCGGUUGCAUUGCUGUGCGUCGGGCUUUACCCGAAUGUGUGCGUCCAUCGCGAACGGAGACGCGUGCUGACCACCGAGUCCAAGUCCGCCAUCAUCCACAAGACGUCGGUUAACUGUGGUGGAAACAUGUCGUCAAAAUCCAGCAGCUUCCCGUACCCGUUCUUCGUGUUUGGGGAGAAGAUUCGCACGCGUGCCGUGUCCUGUAAGCAGAUGUCGAUGGUCGCUCCCAUUCAUCUGCUGUUGUUCGGGUGCAAGAAGGCCGAAUGGCUCGGCGGCACGAAGGUGCAGCUCGAUGGGUGGCUGAAUCUCGAGAUGGAUCCGUGCGAUGCCGCGCUCAUCGUGGCACUGCGGCCCGCACUGCAGGCACUGCUGAUUCGUAUUUCGGAAAACCCGGACGAGGUGCAAUCGCUGGAACCGAAGUAUGCCAAUAUGCUGGGAGUGAUUCGCGAGCUUUGUCGCUUCCAAUCCGGAGACUUUGAGAUCGGCGGGCGCUGGGAUGGAACGCAUCCAAUGGAGUACCGUAAGCAGCCACGAUUGGACCGGAACGAAGACGGCGGUAUGGACGGCGAACGAUCUUACGCAGGAACCUGGUACGCAACUAGUUCAUUCCGGAACGAGGGCAACUAUCGGCCCCAGGGCAAUCAAGGCAGUGGCCGAUACUUUGAUUCUGGGGCGUGGGGUGGACCCUCAGCUGGUCCGUCGAUGAGUCGCAACCAACCGCAACCGUACGGGAACCGUAACCAGGGGCAGCAGUACCAGGGUAGCGGAAAUGGUGGCCAGAACUUCGGUUACGGUGAUCGUGGUAACAGUUACCGUGGUAACUAAGGCAUCGAGUCGAUAGUUGGACGUUUCUAUGAGAUUAACGAGAAUUUUUGAACUACGUAACACUUUUAGGAUUGGAAGCAUCCAUUACCGCGCCAUCGCCAUUUCGCUGAAUUCAAAGAAUAGCAUGUAUUAACCGUUAAAGGUGUUUUGUAGCUAUUCGU